UAACUAGUGUUUUCAACACUGCUUUAAAAUUGCGUUUUCCAACACCAGACUUGCUGUCAGUGUUCCCUUUCAAUGUUCCGUUCGUAUGUCUUGUUUUAAGAAAAUCUAAAAAAAAAAGAAUAAGAAUAAAAUUAUUUGCAAAAAAGAACAGCUGCAACAGGCCCGGCCACAUAGUGGUGAAUAUUUAAUAAUCACCGCAGCUGCUGACUCGCAAGGUGCAGCCCGCUGCUUUCACUUUCGAUCUUACUUACACCCACACAUACACACACACACACACACACACAGACAGACACACACUCACUCACAUACACUCACAAGAACUCACACACUUAAACACACACCGAAAUACAUUCAGAUACACACAUACAACCGGAGCAAGUGAAAUUCUUCUGCUUCAGGGGGGUGGGAACUAAGGCAACAUGUUUACGGGCAAACUGCAAAUUAAGGUAUGCGAGGCAACUGGCCUGCGUCCUACAGAUUUCCAGAAGCGUCACAACUUAACAUUUGGUAAAUUGGCCGAUGAGCAAUUGAUCGAUCCGUAUGUGUCCAUUGAUGUGGAUGAGAGUCAUUUUGAUCGCUCUACUACACGGGCAAAGACAUUCGAUCCGGUAUGGAAUGAGCAGUUUGUCCACGAUGUGACCAAUGCACAUAACAUCAAUUUGACUGUGUUUCACGAUGCGGCCCUGCCCCCGGAUGACUUUGUAUCCAAUUGUGUGAUACCCUUCGAGGAUCUAAUGCAGAAUGAGGCAAGCGUACUGGAUCUAUGGGUCAAUUUGGAGCCGCAGGGCCAAAUUCAUGUGAUUAUCGAGCUAAAAAACCGAAAUGAUCAAGCCAAAGCCGAAGCAGAAGUGGAACACACUGUGGCCGUCAAUAAGGAGUUCAAAGAACGCGCUGGAUUCAAUCGUCGUCGCGGUGCCAUGCGUCGGCGUGUUCAUCAGGUCAAUGGACACAAGUUUAUGGCAACAUUUUUACGUCAGCCCACCUUUUGUUCGCAUUGCCGUGAAUUUAUUUGGGGAAUUGGUAAACAAGGCUAUCAAUGUCAAGUCUGCACCUUAGUUGUACACAAGAAAUGUCAUCUGUCUGUGGUGUCCAAAUGUCCAGGGAUGCGAGAUGAGAAGCAACCCAAAGUGGAGGAAGUGCCGGCCGGACAGCGGUUUAAUGUGAAUGUGCCGCAUCGUUUUGUGGUUCACAGCUAUAAGCGAUUUACAUUCUGUGACCAUUGCGGCUCGCUGCUUUAUGGUCUGAUCAAGCAGGGACUGCAAUGCGAGACCUGUUACAUGAACGUCCAUAAGCGAUGCCAGAAGAAUGUGGCCAAUACAUGCGGCAUCAAUACCAAGCAAAUGGCCGAGAUACUCAGCUCGCUGGGCAUCUCGCCGGACAAGCAGGGCCAGCAGCCGCGCCGUUCCAAGUAUUUAAAUCAGCAGGGCGGCGAGGAUAACUAUGGAGCAUCAUUGGGCGCCGAUGGCGAUAAUGUGCCAGGCGCCUCGUUUCGUAGUAGUAAUCUAUCGGGCGAUAGCCUGGCCACAUCAACAACCACGCUAACCAGCGGCUAUAAUAGCAGCAGCUGCAUGAGUUUGGCCGUCGGGGCCGGCGGGCCGGGGGAUACACGUCCGGGGAAAUGCUCGCUGCUGGAUUUCAAUUUCAUUAAAGUGCUUGGCAAGGGCUCCUUUGGCAAAGUGAUGCUCGCGGAAAAGAAGGGCACUGAUGAGAUCUAUGCCAUCAAGGUGCUCAAGAAAGAUGCCAUUAUACAGGACGAUGAUGUCGAUUGUACUAUGACCGAGAAGCGUAUCCUGGCCCUAGCUGCCAAUCAUCCCUUCCUCACUGCGCUACAUUCCUGUUUUCAGACACCGGAUCGCCUGUUCUUUGUCAUGGAGUAUGUUAACGGUGGCGAUUUGAUGUUCCAAAUUCAGAAGGCCCGUCGGUUUGAGGCGGCCCGUGCCGCUUUCUAUGCAGCUGAGGUGACGUUGGCGCUGCAGUUCCUUCACACCCAUGGUGUAAUCUAUCGCGAUCUGAAGCUGGAUAACAUAUUAUUGGAUCAGGAGGGCCAUUGCAAAUUGGCCGAUUUCGGCAUGUGCAAAGAGGGCAUCAUGAAUGGCGUACUGACCACAACAUUCUGUGGAACACCAGAUUACAUAGCCCCCGAAAUACUCAAGGAACAGGAGUAUGGUGCCUCGGUUGAUUGGUGGGCAUUGGGCGUCCUUAUGUAUGAAAUGAUGGCUGGCCAACCGCCAUUUGAGGCCGACAAUGAGGAUGAGCUAUUCGAUUCGAUUAUGCACGAUGAUGUCCUGUAUCCGGUUUGGCUAUCCCGUGAAGCCGUGUCCAUUUUGAAAGGCUUUCUAACCAAGAAUCCGGAGCAGCGUCUGGGAUGCACUGGCGAUGAGAAUGAAAUACGCAAGCAUCCAUUUUUCAAUAAACUGGAUUGGAAAGAGCUAGAGAAGCGCAACAUUAAGCCACCAUUCCGACCGAAAAUGAAAAAUCCACGAGAUGCCAACAAUUUCGAUGCCGAAUUCACCAAAGAGGAUCCGAUACUUACACCGAUUGGUAAUGAAGUCAUUAGAUGCAUUAAUCAGGAUGAAUUUGCUGGCUUCUCGUUUGUUAAUCCCAAAUUUGGACCAGAGCGUAAAGUCUACUAAAUCACAUUGUGGAUUAAGAGAAAAGUUUGUGGAGAAAAUUUUCACUUAGGCGGUACGUGUAAUUGUUGCCGUAUCGCGGUAAAUUUUGAUGCCGUCAGUUUUGAAGUUAGAUAAAGAAUGACGAUGAUGAUUCACACACACACACACAUAUACACACAAACACACACACACAGAUAUUUAAAUGUAUAUGAUGAUGACCUAUGCUAAUUAUCUGUUAGCCUAUUUAUAUUCCUAAUAUCCCUACCUCCUUCCCGCCCGCGCUUUCGCGUUUCCCUUUAGCACUAAUACUACACACAUACAUAUACUUUUGUUUUUUGUUAAACAAAUCUAUGAAACGCUUUAUUGUUGUCUGUUUCCAGUUGUGUCUUUAUUUCAUUUGUAAGUUUUGUUUGUUAAACCAUUUAUCAAUGCGAAUAUCCAGGUGGAAGAUCAUUCUAUAUAGUGCCAAUAUGUGAAUAACCGCACAUUACACACAUACAUACAAACUGCUUUUCCCCCCUAAUCCAAGUGAAAGUAGCAAAAAAUUUUAAUUUCGAUUUUAUAUUGCUUUUGUUUGCAUUGAAUAUAUUGAUGGGGAAUGUCUAUAUAAUUCGCAUUAGCAUAGUGACUAGGAUUGUUGAUAGUCGGAAAUGUGUAUAAAUAAAUUGCCGAUUUGAUUACAAACGAUAUAUGUAUGUAUAAAUCAGCAAUCCUAACUAACCCAUUCUAUUAACAAUAGCAAUCUGUAUGUUAUUUGCCAUAUAUAUGUAUAUGUGUGCGUAUAUAUACACACACACACAGAUCAAAUUUUUCCCCCAAAACUUCUUCCCCCACCAUUCUAGUCAAAAUGUCAAAUGUUAGCUGCAAUUGAAGUGCACAAUGCAUUUUGUUAUUAGUUUUUUAUUGAUUUUUAAUGAAGAUAAUGAUGAUGAUAAUGAUGAAGAUGAUGAUGUGUGCCGUCGAAUCUCAAGUUUCGCAAAGUUAGGCACUUGCUCCAAGCGAAUCUCAAGGGAAUAUCUAACACAAUAAUAGCCAACACCCACCCAAAUAACACACACACACACAAAAACACACAACACGCACAAAUUAUGAUUUAGUUACAUGAUUUAAACUUGCACAACUUCCUUCUCAAGUAUUAAAGCGAUAUUAUUUUGUUUAAAUAUAUA